UCAUCAUCACCAUCAGAACACCGGUGAAAACACGUGAGGUGCAACUCGUGCGAGUGCAGUGGGGACGUCUAAAACAACAGUCGCUGGCUUUCAGCGGUUUUCAUCGGCAGAUUUUAGCGAUGGUUCUCCGAGGAGUGUGCCUACCACGUGCGCUACUUGCUGCAACGGCCGGCCGUCUGACAGGCGUUGGUGGUGGCGGCUACCGGCAGCGGCGACUGCUGCUGUGCAGCGCAUUGAAUCGCAGCAGCACGACGGGUGCUCGGUUGCGAGAGUGGCGUCCUGUGCUUCAGCGGGCUUACUCAACGCAGCCAGAGUCCAAGGAGCAUUCGAUAAUCAAGAAUGAUGAACGUGGAAGCGGACCAAGUGAAGUUCUGGAGUUCCAGGCAGAGACUCGCAUGUUACUCGAUAUUGUUGCUCGAUCACUGUACUCAGAAAAGGAGGUGUUUAUACGUGAGCUGAUAUCGAAUGCCAGUGAUGCCCUUGAGAAACUGCGUUACGUGCGGCUCACAGAACCAGACUCUCUGUCCACAUGCUCAACCGCAUCACCCCUGGAGAUCCACAUUGCCACUGACAAGUUGGCCAACACAUUCACCAUCCAGGACACGGGAAUUGGCAUGACGCGAGAGGAAAUGGUUACCAAUUUGGGCACCAUAGCAAGAUCAGGCUCGAAAGAAUUCCUCAAGAAGCUGGCUGCAAACGACACCAAUGCAGGGUCCAUCAUUGGCCAGUUUGGCGUUGGAUUUUAUUCGGCGUUCAUGGUUGCCGAACGGGUGGAAGUAUUUUCGCAGUCUUGUUCUGCAGAUGCCAAAGCAGUGCGAUGGAGCUCUGACGGCUCAGGCCGUUACGAAAUCUCGGAGGCUGAGGGUGUGCAGGAAGGCACCAAGAUUGUGCUUCACCUAAAGCCAGAAUAUUCAGACUUUGCUGAUGGAGAGUUUGUCACCAAAGUGAUUGAGAAGUACAGCAAUUUUGUGGGUAGCCCCAUCUACCUCAACGGACAACAAGUCAACACACUGCAGGCACUGUGGCUUCUGGAGCCUCGGGAGGUAACGCAAGCGCAGCACGAUGAGUUUUACCGGUACAUCUCUGGAGCCUUUGAUGUGCCUCGCUUCACAGUGCACUUCAGCACUGAUGUGCCCCUCUCCAUUCGCUGUCUCCUGUACAUACCCGAAGGCAAGCCUGGUCUCUUCGACAUGAGCCGUGAGAACGAUGGCGUGGCCCUCUACUCGCGCAAGGUGCUCAUCAAGCCAAAGGCUGAGAUCCUCCCGAAGUGGCUGCGCUUUGUCAAGGGUAUUGUUGAGAGCGAAGACAUUCCCCUCAACCUGAGUCGAGAGAUACUCCAGGACAGUGCACUCAUACGCAAGAUUCGCUCGGUUAUUGUUAGCCGACUCAUCAAGCAUCUGGCACGCUGUGCUGAGAAGGAACUGGAGAAGUACAGCAGCUUUUACCGGGACUAUGGUGUCUUCCUCAAAGAAGGAAUCUUGGCCACUCAUGAACAGGCAGAGAAGGAGGAGAUUGCCCAGUUGCUCCAGUUUGAGUCUUCCCUUCGGCCAGCUGGUGAAAGGGUCACCCUUUCCGACUACUGUGCGCGCAUGAAGGAGGGCCAGCGUGACAUCUACUACCUAGCUGCCCCAAGCCGUCAGUUGGCAGAGACGUCCCCUUACUUCGAGGCGGUGCGGGCACGAGACGUGGAGGUUCUGUUUUGCCUCGAGCCCUACGACGAGUUGUUGCUGGCACAGCUGCGCCAGUUUGGUCGCAAGAACAUCACCUCGGUCGAGAAGGAGAUGCGCAGGGAUGCCGAGGAGUCUCACCCGGAACCAGCCGAAGUGCAAGGCCUGGCCGAGUGGCUCAAGACAGAGCUGGGGCCCAUGGUACACAAGGUAAAAGUGACACGACGGCUACAAAAACAUCCGUGCCUGGUGUCCGUUGAGGAGAUGGCAGCUGCACGUCACUUCGUGAAAACAUCACUGCAAAGCUUCUCAGAAGAAGAGCGCUACCGCCUCCUUGAGCCUACGCUGGAGAUAAAUCUAGAGCACCCAAUCAUCACAAAACUUUCUGCACUUCGUACAUCAGAACCUGAGCUGGCGAAAAAACUUGCGAGGCAGGUUUUCGGCAAUGCUAUGCUCACAGCUGGUUUAGUGGACGACCCCCGGAAGGUCACCUCAGAGCUAAAUGAUUUGUUGACUGCACUUCUGGAGAAGCUCUGAAAUAAGUGGACACUGAGUAGUAGCGUAACAGCAUUGUAUUAAUAUCAUUUUCUAAGCAUGAACUUCCGACAUGUUUGUGCAUGGAUGUUCUGGAAACGGCUUGAUAGCCCAUCCAAAACAGUCCCAAGUGGCCAUUAGUUGCAAUUUCACCAUGUUUGAUUUCUGUUCGUUUGCUUUGUCAGUCACUUUACGAAAGAUGAAAUGACCAAAGGUAUCUUUUAAGCAAAUUGAUAUCUGCGAUCUCUGAAGCACGUUUUAAUGCAUUGAUAUUUGGGUCAAUGUAUUGCUUCAUUCAUACUAAGCCAUACAAGAUGAGCUCAACGACCACAAACAAGGAAGAUACAUUUUGAAGAAAGCUACAUUAGACGCUGACGUGAAUGAAACUGGUUGAGGAUGUCUAUUCUCUACGACUCUUAUGUAUGCUUGCGACAGGGGAGUAGUGUGAACCAUUCUAGGAGCUACAAUGAUAACGAAGUGGCACAGCUCACUCUAAAUCUAUGUGUUGACUAUAGCUGAUGUUAGAAAUUCCUUGUCAUCUUGGGAUCCUCUUACAAGCUAUUAUUGAAGCAGCAACAAUGCACGGUGAGGAUAGACACUACUCCUAUGUGUACAGGCAGGCAUAUGAGAUUAGGAAAGGAAUCAUGCAUUUUGAAUGUGUUUUCAUGUGCCCAUGGCAGUCAAUUUUAAAUAAAGGUGUUGUCUUUUUCUCCCCCAUA